GAGCCGUGAACGUCACGGUCACCGAGCUGUCUGCUGUGUUUACCUGGACGGUCUGCAGGAUGGCUCAGACGGACAGUAAGGUUCUGGUUCUGGGAGUACUGGCUGGAGUGGCCGGCAUCGGUCUGGCUGUAGUUUGUUACAGGGGUUUAAACUCGAAGCGAAGGGGCUCCUGGCCGGGCCUAAGCCAUACCUGCACUUAUGGACAUGGGUCUGGUAUGAUGUUGGUGGAUGGUCCAGGUCUUCCGGGCGGGCAGGCUGAGGUUCUGCAGCGACUCGAGGCCCUGAUCCAGUGUGUGUCUGAGCUGAAGGAAGAGAUGAAGGCGUUAAAGACCGCGCUGCCAGCGCUGAAGGACCACGUCAGGGAGGAGUUAAAGGGCCACAACACUGCACAUGGAGCCGGUCCUCUGCACAGAGCCAGAAGGAAAAGGACUGUGGGGGCCACGUCCAGGGCAGAGGGACUGAGCUCUGAGGACGCAGAGAGCGAGGGAGGGUACAUAACGGCCCUAACCGACUCUGAGGAUGAGGAGGACGAUGAAGAGCUGAGUGAAGCAGAGCAGAGGUGGGAAGAACAAGAGGAAGACGAGUUGUCCGUCCUUCUUGAACGAAUCGACCGUUUACAUCAGGGCAGCGAGUCUGACAAAAGAGAAAGCCUCGACAUCCUUUUAGAGCAAAAAGACGAGUUUGGACAGAACUCUGCGUUUCUUUGGCGUCUGACACGAGCUUACUGCGACGUCCACGACGUCUGCUUCUCGCUGGAGGAGAAGAAAAGUCACGCAGAAAAAGGGAAACAAGUUGGUGAAGAAGCGAUUUGCUUGAAUCCAAAAUGUGCUGAAAGUCACCAGUGGUAUGCCAUUAUGUGUGGAAUUAUGGCAGAUUAUGACACGAUACAAAACAAGAUAAAGAACGGGUACAUCUUUAAGGAUCAUCUGGAUAAAGCCAUCGAGCUGAAGCCGCAGGACCCCCUGUCCUACUACCUGCUGGGCCGCUGGUGCUACGCUGUUGCUCAGUUGUCGUGGAUUGAGAGAAAAGUUGCUGCAACUCUGUUUGGAGAACCUCCAAGUGCCACCAUUGAAGAUGCUCUGAAGAAUUUCCUCAAAGUUGAAGAGCUUCAUCCUGCUUACUCUAAACUCAACUAUGUGUUUCUGGCCAAGUGCUAUAAAUAUCUGGGGCAGAUGGAAAAGGCCAGGAGGAUGUGUGAAGCAGCUGGUUCUAUGAAGAACGUCUCCAAAGAGGAUGAAGAAGCACAAAAGGAGCUGGACGUUCUGCUGCCGGCGCUCGGAGUGUGAGAACGCUGGAGGACUCGUUCAGACUUCAGUUUUAAGAGCCAUGUUUUUCUGCAUCAAUGAUGUUGUUAAUCCACUCUGUGAGUGCAGCCGCACGUUGUGGCGUUGAAAUCAUCAUG